GCUCCCGCCCUGGGAGCCGGGAGCCGGAUCUACAAUCCCGUCCCUCCCGCUUCGGCGCUUGUUGCUCGCCCGGCCCGAGCGGGAGCUGCAGCCGCCGGGCACCGAGGCUGCUUCCUUCUUCUUCUGGAGAGCCCCACCUCCCCGGGAGCCGGUUGAGGGGGAGAAACAGCCCCAGCAGGAGGGAAAGGGUGCCGUGUGAAGAAGGCAUCACUCCCCCCCUUCAAGUCUUACGCGGGGGCAAGACAUGCGCCGCUCCCCCCUGCCCAGCCUCGCAGCCGCCUGCCACUGGAGAGGAGAGACUGCGGAGCCCACACCUGCAAACUCGUCCUAGAAGUCUCAGGGUGCGGCUGGGGACCCCUCCCAAUUCCCCUCGGCCUCCACCUCUCCGCGGGUGGUCUCAGCCCCGGUCCGGGGACCUGUGCCAAUGACCCUAGUGGUGGUUUCGCUUUCUCCUCUUUCGGCGGUGUGAACGUGUGUUCACGGCGUGAUGGGCAACCAGGUGGAGAAACUGACCCACCUAAGUUAUAAGGAAGUUCCCACUGCCGACCCGACUGGAGUGGACCGGGAUGACGGGCCCCGAAUCGGAGUCUCCUACAUCUUCUCCAAUGACGACGAGGACGUGGAGCCCCAGCCGCCGCCCCAGGGCCUGGAUGGCGGUGGCGGCGGUUUGCCCGACAGCGGGGACGGGCCGCCCCUGCCCCCGCCACAGCCCUAUGACCCGCGGCUGCACGAGGUGGAGUGCUCUGUGUUCUACCGCGACGAGUGUAUCUACCAGAAAAGCUUCGCUCCAGGCUCCGCCGCCCUGAGCACCUACACGCCAGAGAACCUGCUCAACAAGUGCAGGCCUGGCGACCUGGUGGAGUUUGUGUCGCAGGCGCAGUACCCGCACUGGGCUGUUUACGUGGGCAAUUUCCAGGUGGUGCAUUUGCACCGGCUGGAGGUGAGCAACAGCUUCCUGACGGACGCCAGCCAGGGCCGGCGCGGCCGCGUGGUGAAUGAUCUGUACCGCUACAAGCCGCUGAGCCCCAGCGCGGUGGUUCGCAACGCGCUGGCGCACGUGGGCGCCAAGGAGCGCGAGCUGAGCUGGCGCAACUCUGAGAGCUUCGCCGCCUGGUGCCGCUACGGCAAGCGUGAGUUCAAAAUCGGUGGGGAGCUGCGCAUUGGCAAGCAGCCUUACCGGCUGCAGAUCCAGCUCUCUGCGCAGCGCAGCCACACACUCGAAUUUCAGAGCCUGGAGGACCUGAUCAUGGAGAAACGGCGCAACGACCAGAUAGGGCGCGCCGCGGUGCUACAGGAGCUGGCCACGCACCUGCACCCUGCGGAGCCGGACGAGGGCGACAGCGACGCCGCGCGGACUACGCCGCCUCCCGGGCGCCCCCAGGCGCCGGGCCAAGAGGAGGAGGACCGAGAGGCGGUGGUGCACUGACAGGCGAGCUGAGUGCGGAGCUGCGUGAGGGAGCCUUUGCAGCAGCCGCUGCCCCCUCCCUUCUCUCCCUCCCUCCUCCACCAUCUUCUGGGUCCCAACUGGGCUCCUGGGCCAUUUGGAAAACGGAGAGUUGGCGAAAAGCGCUGCCAGCUGUGGCUUGAGUUUGUUAUCUUGGACGGAGGAGGAAGAGGGAGCAGGUAGGAGCAUUUUGGCUGGGGGCGCUUCUUGGCUUCUUGCCUGCCCGUUCAAUCUGUCUUCCUUUCCGAGGUGAGGCAAAUUUUGGACUUGCCAGAUACUAAGUACCUGCCGGACAUGGGUCCAAAAAUCGCCCCUUCUUAUGCACGCAGGGUUGGAGCAAAGUUCUGAGUACCAGUAUCUGCCAUUGCCUUCUGCCCGCUUCCCCUCCUACCCUAGACUUGGAGGAUACACUGUACCAAGGCCAGAGCAAGUUUGUGGUGGUGCUAACCCCAAGGAGCAGUGUGAGGGAACUGGGAAGUUGGGAUGAUUUAUGUUAUGGUUUUCCUGGGGUGCAGGGCUGGUGGAACCAGGACCCAUCUAGGAACAGCAGACUGAAACAAAGGAGCCCCCUGUGAAGUGUAACAAAUGGUUGAGUAAUCUUGGGCUGCAAAACAAAGACUUUGCUACCUCCCCCCUUUCCAUCCCUGAGCGGUUUGUCUUACGAAGUUGGCCUCCUGCAUCGCAGGCCAGCCACUUCCCAGGUUACAAGUAAAUCCUUGCCACAGGCCUGUUAAGGGAAGGAUUCAUUUUUGCUUCUGAUCUGUCGCCUUUGUUUUCCUCGCCCACUGUUGUAGGUUGUAGGCACUUACAGCUGCGUUAUUAGUUCUAAGAGGGAAUAGGCCUUUGUGUCUCUGAUCUAAUGAAACUUGCUUGACCAUGUUCAUCCACAGGUCACACUGUGAGGCUGGCUGCUGCCACCGCAUAAAGUAUCCACUACAGAAACAGCCAAACAGGGUUGCCCUGGCAGGAAUUUGUCAAUUUCCUGUUCCUUCCCUGACCUAAUCCCCUUCCCGAAUAGUGAAAGUACCUUUUUUUUUCUUUUUUUUUUAAUUUUUAAGUGUAAGGCUUUGGUGGUGGUCUUCCAACUUUUUUCCCCCUCACUGCCCCAUCUCCGUGGCUCUCACUCUCACUUUUCUGCUGGUGGUGAAAUCUUAGGCUUGAGGCAUAUUUCAGUGACAAAGUUGUUUUGCUAGCCACACUCAAUGUGAUUUAAUUCAAGUUGUAAAGUCUUGUUAUAUUGCUGCAGUCUCCUUGUUGCUUGGAGAGCACUCCUUCAGAAUGCUCUCAAUGAAGAGCGGUGACAACAGUCACAAAUAAAUGCCACCUGGUGUAGUCAGUACCAAAUCUGGUGAAGGUCCUUAAAGCCUAGGUUGGUGAUUGUGGGAUGUGUCUGAAGCAGGCUGGCUGAUUCUGUGUGGAUCUGCUGCUGUGUUUGCUUUACUGUGAGACUCUAAAAAUGUGUCCAAUUUGUCCUUUGUUUUCAUGUGUGCUCUUUGAUGAUGUGUGCCCUUGAUCUCAGAAUCCUCUGCUGUUCAAUGGCACUGCUAAUGCUGUCUCAAAAGUUGAGUGAAGUUUUUUCUUUCUCUUGGGAAUUGUUUUGAAUUACAGUGAACAAGUCAUUUCAUGACCCACUUACAGUUGGAGUAGAAUCACACUUGAGUGGUCUAUAGCAGUGGUCAUCCUUGGGCCUCCUGCUUGGGGAGCUUUAAAUCAAGGCGACAAGACUUGAAAGAUUUCCUUGUAUACUUACUUUUUCAAACAUGGGACAUUGAGGCCAUAAUUUUUAAAAGCUUAAACCUUCAUCAUAACAUGAAAUGAUUUAAUUCCAAGGGCAUUAGCUAUGUUCCGUUUUCCCAGGACCCCCACACAGGUCCUAUUGCUUUAACUGUUAAAGCUGAACAACCCUCAGCCCUGGUCUGGGACUUUGGAGAAACGUCAGUCUUCCGUUGGAAAUGUUGAUCUAGAUUUCUUGUUUAAUAAUCUCACAGCUUUAUAUUUCUGUUCUUUUGCUUCUGGAAAAGUGGAAUGGGAUAAACAUGAGUAAAGAUACUUAGGAGAGCUUACUAGAUUUGGAAUUUUUUUUAUGUUUAACACAGUCAAAUGAAAGUUGAAUGUAAAUGGCCAUUGUGCAGACAGCAGGAGAGAACAGAGCAGCACUGUCUAGCAGUUUUGGGCUAGCCAGCCAGCUCUCUUUUCCACUCCCCCAUCUCUGUCUCCUGCCUUCACCCUUCAAUGGAAAGCGAAUGUGAUCGGAGUUCACAUUGUGGCUUAGCAGAAAUGAACCCAACUAGUAUCCAUGAGGAUGUGGGUUUGAUCCUGGCCUCGCUCAGUGCGUUAAGGAUCUGG